AUGGAGAGCCGCAGCCUCCUCGCCGCCCUCCUGGCCGCUGCCCUCGCCGCCCUCCUGCCGCUUCCCGCCGCCUCCUCGGGCCACCGCAAGCUCCUGGUGUUCCUGCUCGACGGCUUUCGCUUCGACUACAUUGAUGACAGCGAGCUGGAGGGUCUGCCGGGCUUUCGGGACAUUGUGAACAUGGGGGUGAAGGUGGAUUACAUGACCCCAGACUUCCCCAGCCUCUCUUACCCAAAUUACUACACACUGAUGACGGGUCGCCACUGCGAGGUCCAUCAGAUGACUGGAAACUACAUGUGGGACCAGAAGGCAAAUGUAUCAUUUGAUAUUGGUGUGAAUAAAGAAAGCCUGCUGCCUCUCUGGUGGAAUGGAUCAGAGCCUCUGUGGGUCACUAUGAUGAAAGCUAAAAAGAACGUUUCCAUGUACUACUGGCCAGGUUGCGAGGUGGAAAUCCUUGGAGUCAGACCAAGUUACUGCCGCGAGUACUUCAGCGUUCCAACAGACAGGAACUUCGCAGACGCCAUCAGCGAUGCCAUCGAGUCUCUGUGCAACAACAGUGCCGAGAUGGCCGCAGUGUACUACGAGCGCAUCGACGUGGAAGGCCACCACUAUGGCCCUUCGUCCCAGCAGCGCAAGAACGCUUUGAGGGAAGUGGACAAAGCCUUGAGCAACAUGAUCUCACUCAUCAAGAGCAAAGGCCUUCAGAAUGAUAUCAACGUCCUCCUCUUCUCUGAUCAUGGGAUGACAGACAUCUCUUGGGCAGAUAAAGUGAUUGAGCUGAAAAACUAUAUCAAUAUGAGUGACACCAUACAAAUGAAAGACCGAGGUCCUGUUGUGAGCCUCUGGCCAGCUCCAGAGAAGCAUGCAGAGAUAUAUCAAAAACUGAAAGCUGUGGAACACAUGGAUGUUUAUAACAUACAGGAUAUUCCAAACAGAUUUUUCUACAAAAAAGGAAAAUUUGUGUCUCCACUAACUCUCGUGGCUGAAGAAGGAUGGUUCAUAGUAGAGAGCAGGGACAAGCUGCCCUACUGGGAGAACGGGACGGGGAGGAAGGAGGCCUGGCAGAAUGGCUGGCAUGGCUACGACAACGAGCUCAUGGACAUGAGAGGCUUCUUCCUCGCAUAUGGCCCAGAUUUCCGAUCCAACUACCGAGCGCCUCCCAUCCGAUCUGUGGAUGUUUACAACAUCAUGUGCAGCCUGGCAGGAGUACAGCCACUGCCCAACAAUGGCUCCUGGUCCAGGGUGGAGUGCAUGCUCCGAAACACAGCCCCCUUGGCACCGCUCCCCCCGCGCAGCAGCUGUGCCCUGGCACUAGCUCUGCUCUCCCUGUUCUCCAGGCACAUCUCCUUACUGUGAUCCCUGAACAAUGUCACUCAGUGUCACCAGCAACUCCAUCCUUCUCUGUUUGUUUUUUUAAAGUUCUUCAUUUGAAUAAUAGCUUCAUUAAUAGAGGGCUGUCCCCCACUCCUCCAUUGUGCUCCACCAGGCAUGAAUCUGACCCAUCCUGCAUUUACAAUGGUUUUAACAUGAAGCCGGGUUUUGUGCUGCUCCAAACACAGCCAGGGACAAUGGUGUCACUCACCUAGAUUUACAGCACUGCCAGUGAGGGCACAGUCCCGGCUGGGUGUCCACAAAGUUUUCUGGUGGGUGCACAUGGGGAUCUCUGAGCAUCAAACACAUCUCACCCAAGCAUCUUUCACUGAGGAGCUCACUCUGGUUGGGCAUACUGAGAAGUUCAGGAGUGGAGACAACCUCUCUGUGUGUAGCUGGGAUCAUCCUGGUUCACCCCUUCAUCUCCAGCUCCAGCAGCAGCAGAGUCCCAUCUUCUCCUUACAGCACCAGCCAAGCCCUGUCUAUACAGACACAGUCUUUAAAGAGCCAAGAGCUUUGCUGAGGGACCAUAAUGCUGAGAGAGGUGGGUCAGCAGGAGAGCAUCCUGCUUCUCUCAGCCUUUGCUUCUUUAUUUUCACCAACACAAGUCCUGGCUCUGCCCAUUUCCAGGGCCAGGCUUUCCUCACAGACCACAGCAGAGGGAAAGGCUGGGAAAGAAGAAAGUGACAGAAAUCCUCCACUUCAAAGCCAGUGGGAAAAUGAAUAGACAUCUGGACACACAAGGGUCAGGAGAACAUAGGAUGAGGAAGGCUGGCAUUUAACAGCCUCUCUGCUUUUCCUGGUGAAGAUAAUAUCAUCUGAUCAUGUUCUAUACCCAAUUGCAUGUCUGAAGUUUUUUCAACAUUUACUGCUCUUCUAUCAGCUUUUGCUCUCUACACCUCUGCCUGGUGAUCAGCACAUUUCCCUUUAUUCUGCAGCAGGGAGAGAGGUCUACACUGAUAGAUCUCCCACCCUCCCAGCUAAUCCAGGUGAUUUUUUCCACCAUGGGCCAUCAAGCACAAGCAAAGUUGUAACAGCGAAGUUAAAUUAAACAGCAGGAGAAGAUAGAGUUGUUGCCAGAGGUGCCUUUGGGAGUGCACAGCGCUUUAUCUGAUAUACCUCUGAACCAGGAGCUUUCAGCAACAACUGCCUUUGGAAGGACUGAGGUCCCUCCCCAUGUAAAACAAACCCCUAGGACUCACAACUCUUCUGGAUCCAGGGACAAGCACGAUCCCAGUAUGUGUGCUACAGUGCAUUUAAGGGUGAAUGAUUACACUGGGGGGGGAGAAAAAACAAACACCAAAUUAAACUUGACAAAAGACUUCUGUAAUAGCUGUAAAGAUUUAUGUAAUGUGUUAUUAAAGCUCAAGUGAACCAUCAAAUCAGUUGGGAGAAAAAUGGAAAAAAUCAGGCUUUGUUAUUAGACUGUUGAGUAUAAAAGGCAAUUUAGUGCUUUCGAAGCAUUUGCAGUAGCUGUAAAACAAGCACCUAUUGUUCAGAGUUCCCUGUUGCUCUUUAAUGGAUCAGGCUCAAUGA